AUCAUAAAAUUGAAGUCGAUUGGAGUUAUCGCCCUUCCUUUAUCUCUUCCUUCGAUAUGUAAACAAAAAUACUGCGGGUAGCUGUCAGACGAUUGUUUGUUUUAUCGUCGCGGUAAAGAACGUUGAAAGUAAGACAAACUGAUGCAUAUUGAUUCUUUAACUAGUUAAUGGCACCCUUAGUUGUUCUAUGGAUGUAUGCGUGUCAGCUGGCCUAUAUUGCACAACAUAGAUCAAAAUUACAUUUGAUUUCAAUAAGGGACACUUCCGGUACCGGUGAUGGUGUACUGGUGGUGAAAUCCAGGAGUAUAUAUGUGAAGUGUCAUAUCAUUUUUACCACAAAAUUAACAAACAGCUGAAAGUAAUGAUUACUGUUUCUUGAAUUCUAUUUAAGAACAUUGUUUAAAUUUAAAUACAUGUCGAAGUCAGCAAAAAGAGAGAGACAGAAGAUGAGCUCGGAAGGAGUAGAGGAGGACUCGCGUUUGGCUAAACGACUAUGUUAUCUUCUACGUUAUGGAGCUAUGAAGGAGGGUCUAGACGUGUACGAAGGAGGAUAUGUAGAUAUUGACCAGUUGGUCAGUCUCAAUCUGAUGAGGCACAAUACCAAGGAGGAGGUCCUGGAAGAAGUGGACACCUCGCUCUCCAACAGAGGGGCAAAGCGGUUUGAGCGCAAGGAGGAAAACGCCAAGACCCUAGUCAGAGCUUGUUUCUGUGUGAACUUCGAAGUGAACCCUUUCCACAGUGGUACCAGCGUGACAACAUUACUGUCCACCUGUUUGGAAUAUGUGUCUGAUAAUCUGGAGUUGUUUGACCUGGAGGACUUUCCAGAUGAGUAUCUAAUUAAUAACAUGAUUCACAGACUGAAGAAAAAAAAGAAGCUUAACAGUACGGCAUUUCGACAACUACUUGUUCCAACCCUACAACAUCUUAACCUCGACAAUAUAUACCUCACUGAAGGAACUUUACGAAAUGUUUGUAAAUCAUGCCCGCAUCUCCGUAUCCUCAGCCUCAAGGAUUGUGGGUACCUGAUGACGGACAAUCUGAUGGAGCAGCUAGUCAAGAAACUCCCUCAUUUGGAAUCUCUAAACCUGUGUGCUUGCAAACAUUUAACUGACCGAUCCAUGAAUGCUUUAUGCCGUUCAUCCAAAAAUUUAAAAGAGCUCAACCUCUCCUGGAUAAAAACAAUAUCGGAAAGUGCCAUUAUAAACCUGGUACAGAAUUGUCCGAAACUUGAACACUUGGAUAUUUACGAUCACAUAGUGACCGCGGGAGGAACAGAAACCCUGACACAGAUGGCCAGGGAUAGGAACAUCAAAAUUGUGUUGAAGGGAUUAACGGAUUCUAAAGUGGCACCAGAAAACCCUUGUGCAAAGCUUCCGUUUUUUGGUAAAACAUGCCACUAGAUGUUAAAAAUGUCAUUACUCAUUAACAAAUUAUCAUGUAUGUUAUAUAUUAAGAAAUGUUGUUUUUAUAUAUUUGUUUUAAUAAAUAUUAUCAAAGAA